UUAAGGAACUCAAAAUUGAGAAAUUUAUCCAUCAUUUCUCCAUGACAAUAGUCCAUGAGACCAUGACUACAUGAUAGUGACUUUUUUUUUUUAAAAAAAAAAAAAAAAAAAAGAAGAAGAAGGAAGGAAUCCAAAAGGUUUGGAAUGAAUGUAGCUUAGACAAUCUUUAUCAAUUCCAAACACACAGAGUGGACUCAUAUCUCUGCUGUUAGUUCUCUCUCGACCUAUCUGCUUCUGCCAAGGUAACAAAUUUUUUAUUCCUCCAUGGCGAUUGCUGUGGAUAUGAGCCCCAUUGGGUUGCUUAAUUAUGGCCUAAAUAUCAAUAAAAAGAGCUCAUAUGGAAGAUUUGACUCCCUUGUUUCAAAAUUGCCAGUCCGAUUUCGUCCUAUUCGAGCUGUGCAAGAUAACGUGGGCCCUCGAAGGCUGGUAGACAUUAUUCGUACUGUACCAGACAUUUCAAGAAACUAUUUCAAGAGACCUUCAAGGAGAGCGCUCUUUGGAGGAAUUGCCUUAUUAGGUGGGUUUUACGUCGCACAAACAAUUUCUUUGUCCUUUGGAGCUUUAGGGGUCAAUGAUGUUAUUGCUGCUGUAUUGUGUGUGCUCCUCACUGAAUAUGCAACAAAAUUCUAUUACAGUCGGUCGAAGGUAACAUUUCCAAUCGCCCUUCUCAACAAUUUCAAGAUGGGAUUUACAUAUGGUCUAUUUAUUGAUGCUUUCAAACUAGCUAGUUGACCUGGGACUCAACGUUAAGGGUACUGUGUCGUUCUUGUACAUACUUCUAGUUAUCACUUCUGUCAUAGAUACAAUACAGAGAUCCUGUAACAGUGCAAAUUUUGACAAUAUGAUUGAUGUUGGUUCUUCAAAUUCAUCCAUUUAUUCUACUACCCUACUAGCUUUUGCGAUGCAGACAGCUGAGCAAUCCAGUGGUUUUGUAUAAGCCUGCAAAAGUUGUGU